UCAGUUUUGUUUUUGUAGUUUUUUUUUGCUCUACUAUUAGACUAAAACAAUGGUGAAGGGUUGGUUCGAUGCCUUCCGAAGUGACGGGGGCCCGACGUUGUACACUUACUCUAACCGGACGCCUGUGAUCGAGGAUAUAAGGAAUAUCGUCAUUUACGUCAGCUUCUCCACAGUCUUUCUUGCCUUUCUUAUUGUGUUUCCCGGUAUACGAAAAGAAAGACUUUCUACAUUCGUAUGUGUCACUAUCAGUCUCUUCGUUGGAGCAGUGAUUCUUGUCUGUAACUUCGGUUCUGAUUGGCAUGUGGCAGAGACUACGAUAUACACUUCUCAUCAUGCGUUUUCCACCCAGAAGAUUGAAACAGAUUUAGGGGUACACAUUGGUUUGAAUGGUGUUAAUAUAACACUCAGGGCUAUGCCGAUAAAUUCUAUAUUAGAAGACAUAAAUUACAACGAAAGAUUCAGUUGGAUUGGAGCCACAGAAUUAAAAGAAGAGUACAGAGAGGCUUUGAUCAAAGGUUUACCGUUUCCUAUCCUAACCAUAGCUGAGUAUUUGAGUCAGGAUUUGGAAGGAUUCUGCUGGGGACGUCGAUAUCGCCAAGCUGGAUAUUACUCUAAUAUCCUUCUGUGGACGGCUUUCUCCUUGUGGUUGUUGAUGAACAUACUGCUUUGUACGGUGCCGAGGUAUGGGGCGUACUGCAUGCAACUCACUGGUGGAGUCAUGCUCUUUACGAACGCCGUCUAUGCCCUUCUUCUACCCAGGAAGCCGUUAGUGAUUCCUUUUGAGGGAGGGCUUCUAAAGUUCCAUUAUGGGUGGUGUUUCUGGCUCCUCUUGGUAGCGGGUAUCGUUGCAGUGUUAAUCGGGGUCACUGUCGCUGUUGUAGACAUCAUUUAUCCAAACAAGUUUUCCACCAUCUUGGAGGUCGACUAUGAUACCCCCUAUCGGUACUUUGUAGGCCAGGACAAUACUGUUUUUACCAAAGUUGAAAACGCUUCAUUUGAACUUCAGCCUACCGCUAAAUCUGUAGAUGCAGCUGUACCUGGGACAAGUAAGGAAGGGGUGGAUAAUGCAGCAUACUUGAACGAUGACAGUGAUGUCAGUACGAUUAUCAAUGGCAAACGAGCAGUUAGCCUGCAUUCUUUCGGCAAAUUUGCUCAUAGAGAGGCUCUAAGGAAGGGACCGGUUUCGCCCAUUAACCGCAAAAUUUCUGGUCAUCGCUCGGGAGACGUGAAUAUUGAUAUCCAGGCGGCUGCCAUGUGGUGAAACUUGCUUAUUUUGUGCCAUAAGGGUUAAUUAUUUAAUACUCUUAAGGUUGGUGAACACGAACUCCCCCUCGGAAUGAAAGAGUUAAGACAUGCGUGAAAAAAAUCCAACGUCAAUUACGCACGUGUAAAGAUUUUUUUUUGUACGUUUAAGUGUUAUUAUUUAAGUAUGAUGUAGCGGCAAAUGUUGUA